GUAGCUGAAAGUUGCUUUCGCAAGAUGGCAGAAGAGGAAGAUAUCACUUAUGAAGAAGAGGAAGAGGAGGAAUACAUAGAGGAGGAAGCACAGGAAACUAUUGUGGAGACGACAAAAAAGGCACCAGUGGCUCCCAAACCUGCCCCUCCUCCCGCAACGGUGCCUCCCCUACGCCGAAAAUCAUCUGCCAAUUAUCGGGCCUAUGCCAUUGAGCCACAUGACAAGAUAAAAUGCAAGAUAUCAGCUUCUCGGAAAUUGCAACUCAAGUCAAUGAUGCUCCAAGUGGCUAAGAGGGAAAUGGAAAAGGAAGAAGAAGAACGCUCCCAAGACAAAGAGAGGUUUCUCUCGGACCGCUGCAUCCCUUUAGAAGUGGCCGGACUCAGCCUCACGGAAUUGCAGGUCAGCAUAGAAAUGUGGGAAAUGAAGAGCAUAGAAAUCCAGAUUGUAGUCCAUUCUCAGUUUUGGAAGCUCCAUGAGGGACCUGGGGACCAGCCACUGCCUCCCAACCAAUCACAUCGGGCUGAUGUGGGGAAGAAUAUGAGAAAGGAAAACUGUGAGAAUCGGGAAGUAGGUGAUUGGCGGAAGAAUAUCGAUGCUCUGAGCGGCAUGGAAGGGCGCAAGAAAAUAUUUGAGACCUCGGUCGCAGGGCAAGCCUGAGGCACGCAAGGUGUGGUUUCCUGUGUGAUCUCUGCUCUGUAGAUGCUAUCAAUCCCUUGUGAAAUCUCAUCCUCCGACCACGUUCAUCAUUGGAGCAAAAACCUCACCUUGGAAUUUUGUUCUCUAUAAUUUCCCUUCCUGUUGCUUUGGGGAGCAUAUUAACUCUGACCCUCCUCACAAGAACAAUGCGUUUAAAACUUGGAGUAUGCAUGCUUGUAUCGAUAGUACAAGCAGCAGCUUGGGUGCCAUCAGAAAUGCUGCAGAGGAUAUGCGUUAGACAUGGGGUCGUCCGAUCUUGAGAACUUAAAACACUUAGACUUCAACUCCCAGAAUUCUCCAGCCAGCCAUGAUGGCUGGGGAAUUGUGGGAGUCGAAGUCCACUAGUCUUAAAAGUUCCCAAGGUUGGAGGUGUCCUGCUUUAGAUCUUGAAUUUGCUCAGUGCCUCUCUGUUCUCAUUAAAGCAGCUCAAUUCUUCUUUCAGGAUUCCACACUAACAGGAAAAAUAAAGGAGUUGCUGCUUUAAAGGUGGCGUGAAGAAUGGAUCUCUUUUAAAGCGGGGGGCGGGGAGGAUUUCU